AAUGAGGUCAGGGCCACCCCUGGCAACCUCGUCACAUAGAGUCCUGCUCUGCCCCUAAAAACAUAGUCAAGUAAUUCUUGUCCUGCUGGCAGCAUCGCCUCAUGGAUUACCUCCUUCUGAGCACCCCUGCAGCUGUAGCAGCCCUGUAGCUGUGGCAGCCUGGUGCUGGGCAGCAGUGCCCAGGGCAGGACCCUGCCCAUGAACCGCUGCAUGCCUGCACCUGUCCCUCCACCUGCCAUUUUUACCCGCUAUGGUUGGAGCAGGCCUAGUCCCGUGGAAAAGCAGUAUAUGCAGGAGCACAUAGACAGCAGUAAGGCGUCGAAGAAGACAAUGCUGGAGAACAUUAAGGAGUUCUUGAGGGUUCGUAACAAUGCCAUAAGGGAGAUGCUGGCAGAAGCGCUGGGAACAUUCAUCCUCAUGGUUUUUGGAUUGUCCUCGGUGGCACAAGUGGUAUUGGGAAAAGGAAACAGCGGCCAGUAUCUGAGCAUCAAUUUGGCAUUUGGCAUUGGUGUUACACUGGGCGUCUAUGCGGCUGGAGGAGUAACUGGAGCUCAUAUGAAUGCUGCCAUCACCAUUACACAAUACGUUUUAGGAAACAUCUCUGGGACGUCGCUUGUAGCUUAUAUAAUCGGCCAGUUCCUGGGCUCCUUCACGGCAGCAGCCACUGUCUUUGCAGUCUACUAUGAUGCUAUUUAUGACUACACCAAUGGGAGCCUUACAGUGUCAGGACCAACUGCCACAGCGAUGAUCUUCGCUACUUACCCUGCUCCCAAUGUAACCUUGCAGGGAGCCUUCUUCACAGAGUUUAUAGCAACAGUUAUGCUGAUCCUGGGUGUUCUGGUCAUCCAUGAUGAGAAAAACAAUGCAGCCACCAAAGGCGCUCAGCCCUUGCUCACGGGUAUGCUGGUCCUGGGCAUUGGUCUGGGAAUGGGGCUGAACACAGGCUAUGCCAUAAACCCCUCCAGAGACCUGCCCCCCCGGAUCUUCACGGCAAUUGCUGGAUGGGGAAUGGAUGUCUUUACGACUGAGCACGCCUGGUGGUGGAUCCCAGUCACAGCUCCAAUUCUGGGAUGUCUUGCUGGUGUGUUAAUCUAUAAACUCUUCAUUGGUUUUCACAACUACCCUGCCCAUGAAACUGAACAUGAGAAAGAGCAGGAAGGCAUGGAGGCUUCCAGACUGUGACAGCCAUGUGCUGUGAUGACACAUGUGAAGGGCACAUCUGUUUGUCUACUAUGCAGCUGGAUGUGGAUCAUGUGAUGGAUGAAGGAUGAGGGAUGAGAGACUCGAUUUCAGUAAACCUACACUGCUUAAACAGAC